CCAAAAUAUCCCUCUCCAACCGCAAUCUAUCCGUGCUUGUCCUUCUGUGCUUCGUGCGCCCAAUACUAACCUCUACCGUUUCUCUUCCCCAAUCCUUGCGCCAAUCCGACCACUAUACUCUCUUUUGCGAAACCUGCUUUAUUAUUAUAAUCCUUCUUAUUUUUGUUUUAUUCGUUCCGUUACCUUCGCCCUUGCUUCAUUGAGUCGAAUUCCGCAAAAUUCAUUAUUUCUCGUUGCAUGUUCCGUGAGCGCUUCUACGGCCUGUGCCAAUGCACGCCUGCCAGCCCGUACCCCUGAAAACCGACAGCCACCACACAUAUCUUCCUUGCCUGCCACGAUUGCUCCAAACGGCAUCUCGCUGAAACCUGCUGUUGUAAACACCGAUUUGGAUUCCGUGGGAGCAGGGAGAUGUCGUUAAAUGGCCUGGAUGACCUGAAAGUCAAAGAGGCCCACGAUGCCGCCAUCGCGGAGCCCGGAGGAUGGUUCCUCCUUAAAUAUGUGACGCGAGACGAGAUCGAUGUGCUGGGACGCGGUAACAAUGGGAUACUGGAGAUCCGGAAUGCUAUCGCGAGCUACGAGGAGCCGUCGCCGUUGUUUGGGUUUCUCAAAUAUAGGCGGAGGAAUGUUCUGAUCAAAUACGUCCCCGAGGGCUGCUCGAGACUGAUCCAAGCCCGAGUCACUGUACACUUCAACGCCAUUACCGACAGAUUCUCCCCAUACGAUACCUCUUUUUCGAUUGAUACCGCGAAAGGCCUGAAGGAUAGUGCUUUGUCUGCUGCUUGCUCUUUGCAUACCGCGUCUGGCUCCACCUCUUCAUCGACCAGUUCUUUGAGGAGGCGGAGGUUGAUGGAAAUUGCGGAGGAUGAGGAAGAGGAUCGCCGACAAUCAACUGUUAUGGAAGAGCGAGCUUCUACCAUAAGAGCAUCAUCUAUUGAUGGAGACAGUGACCCGACUGAAGACGAACCACCCAGCACAGAACAACCCGAACUCCUCACGUCUAUGACCUAUAAGCCCCAGGACUCAGAAACAACUCCCGAACAAGACUCCGAGUCGCUCGACCUCACACCUAGCAUAAGCCACGACCCCAGCGUACAAUCUUCCGUAGACCACCCUUCCGAAUCCCCAAGACAAUCCCUCGAUGAAGGUCGCUCGUCUAUGCAAGACGACCCAUCGAACUACAGUAACUAUAGUUCUUAUCCAGCACCUGGGAGACCAAAGAUAAAACUUGGGCCCCGCCCUUCGCUAGACACCGCUGGACGACCACAGACAUCCUCCUCCGCAAACUACAGGCCAGUGUCUACCUUACCUGCUAAUGUUAAGCUAUUUUCCAGAAGCUCUAAGAGGCCAAAGGAACGGCCACAGUCGCAACACCCGGGCGUGAACCCCACUAUGAUGAUUUCACCCCCACAACUUGGCGAUCCAACGACCAACCCCGACGAUCAGGCCGUUCGACCAUAUACGAGUGGAGGGCGACCAACAACUAGCUCUGGUGCUUCGUUUACAAGCACAAUGUCUACAAAUACUGUUACCUCGAAGUUGCCCACAAUGACUCCAGAAAAGGCCCGGCUUAUGAAGGCUAUGGAGCUGCGGAAGAAAAAGAAGAAUGCUCUGUUACAGGAGCACUUGGUGCCGCCGCUACCAUCGAAUACAGCUGCCGAGGCGGAAAAAAUGGUCGAGCCUGCUCCUGCAGUUGAACCUGCCGGUGCUGCCGAGCCUGUUUCUGUUGCUGAGCCUAUUCCUACUGUUGAGGCUUCCCCUUCUGCCGAGGCUGCACCUGCUGUCGCUGAGGAGCUUAGGGAGGAGGAAACUACACCGACUUUACCAAAUGAUACCAAGGAGGAAUCAGAAAAUCCAUUAUCAGCAUCUACCACCAGCGCCACUGAAUCUGAUGCGACGGCUAAUGGCUCUGAUCCUGCGACACCACUUACGGUUUCGGAGCCAGCAGAGUCGACUAGAGCCUCGUCGAUAUCGGAUUCGACCGAUGAGACAAUCCAAGCCUCUACUGUGAAUAAAGAGGCUGCUGCCUUGGAAGAUGUGAGCCAAAAUGAUGAUACCACUUCGGACAAUGGUCACGAGUCAAAUCACGUUGAACAGAGUCUACCACAGCCACCGACAGAGAUUGACAACACUGUUGCUGUGCCUGAAAAGGAAAUCAUUGCUGAGGCUCAGGAGACACCAGCCGUCAUUCCAGAGACCCCCAAGGCCCAAGAACAGGAGGUGCCAACAGUAGUUGUCCCAGAUGUACCUGAAGAAGCACUCGUGGUCGAGGAAGACCCUGUGAAGUCUGACUUACCAACUGAGCAAACAGCAACCACUACCGUCGUUGAUUCUCACCCUGAACCAGCAGCCAAGGAAUUGGCACCAGAGAUCCAGGUAUCGGAGGAAGACAAGCCGCCAUCUGCAUUUAUUACAGACUUCGCGACUGAAAUUUCGGCCAUACCAGUGCAGGUGGAACAGAAUGAGGAGACUGAAGGCAAGAUUGUGGUUUCAGAGGAUCUUGGAGAUGAAUCUCUGCCGGAGGUGAAAGCUCCUAUGAAAAUACCUAGGUCGAAGUUUUCAUCACAAAGUCCUGAGGAUUCCGCUGCAACAGAGUCAAAUAAUGGCACAAAUGCAGCUAAAUCCAAUGGCAAUGAAAGAGUCCCACGGAGCGAAUCGCCCAAAAGGCGGCGAGCUUUGAUGGAGCCAAUUCGCACGGAUUUGCAAAAGAGCCGGCCUAACUCGGAAGUUGACUUCCUAAACAACGAAGCUUUCAUGGAUGAGCUGCAGUCAGCCACUGUCCAGGAGGCGAAGCCAAUAUCAGUUGCCAAGUCGCCAAUGACUCCAGCCUUUCCACGAGAUGCGAAGAAGGGCCCGAGUGUGUCUGAUCGAUUCUCCCGUGCCUUCUCGAACCCGUCGAAGAAGGAUAACCAACACCUGACACCACAACUGGAACCCACCCGAUCGGUAUCAGCAGGGUCAGCGUAUCUCAACCGGAUUAGCCAGCAGUCAUCGUCAUCGCCGGUCAUUAAGAAGGUGAACGUUGGAUCUGGAAUCUCGCAAAGAAUCAAGGCUUUGGAGAAGCUGUCUAGCACAACCGGAACCCCUGUGGCUCCGCAAGGCACUGGACCCACUGUCGGCACAACUCCAACAUUCUUUGCUGUGCGGAAAUCGCAAAGUGCUGGAGGCUCUAAGUCGCCAUCAAUUGCGGAGAGAGCAAACUCCUUGACCAGGCAGUCGCCUUCACCGUCAAUGUCCCGUGAUUCUUCGCCUGAACAAUUUAAGAAUCGCGACCGUUCAUACUCCAUUAAGAACAGGACGGAUGCAUUCAACUCUUCCCCAACAAACACACACACCACGCGAGCUCGCCCUGAGUCUAUCUCAGUAACAGCACGCAUCAUCCGCGAUCCAAACCAGCCAUACUCCGCAAAAUCAGAUAUGCCAUCGGAUUACACCACCCUUUCCUUAAAACAGUCCCCUCUUGUGAUUGAUCACCAAAAAUUCAAGCCAGCUCCAGUCCAGCUUCCAAUGAAGGAGUCGAUAGAGAACAAAGAGCUACCUUUGACGCCAGCUAAGAAGGAGCGAAGGUCUUCCAUCACAGUCGUCAAAGAGCUUAUUAGCGAGACCCGAAACUCAUUUGCUGAGCGCCGCAAGUCUAUGACUAUCGAGCCGGGAAUUAUUUCCAGCGCGAUGUCUAUGCGCUCCCCGUCGAGGCCGUCUUCUAUCCACCAAGGCUCGUCGGGACGGCCGCUCUCGAUCAGCAGUCGCCGAUCGAGCCGCGAAUUUGGCAAUGUUAUGUCCCCUACUUCGAGUAUACUGUCACCCUCGACGAGCGAAGAUAACAGCGAGAAAAAGGCCAGCCGCACAAGCCGAAUGCUGCACCGCAUGUCAUCCUCGUUCUCGUCUAGCCGCAAGACGAUCUCCCACGCCAUGUCUCCCACCGUUAGGGAAGAGUCCGAGCCGCCUGCGACGGGUGUUUCCAUGAGCCCUUCAAACUACUCCAGCAUGUCUGGUCCCGCCACCACUAUGGUGGAGAUGGGCGAUGUCAAUGUGCAGUUCCCGGAUAACCUGCUCUGGAAGAGGCGUGCUAUGCGCCUCGAUUCCCAAGGUUUCCUGAUCCUGACUCAAUCCCAGGCGGGUAAGUCAACAGACAAGGCGGCGGGAGUGAAGAAGUACCACCUCAGUGAUUUCCGCACACCGGCUAUCCCUGAUAUGGAGGCUGAGGAGCUCCCCAACAGUGUUAUACUCGAUUUCGUAGAUGGGAGUGGCUUGCAAUUUGCGUGUGAGGAUCGGGGAGGGCAGGUUUGGGUUUUACAAAAAUUGCUCGAAGCACACAGCACCUGGGCUGCCUACGGGCAGUGAUAACCCGGCCAGGCAUUUCACAUCAACAUUCACACACCACCAUCUUUCGCCCCAGCUUUCACAUCUACUUUCACCUCCAACUUUUACACACAAGCUUUCGCACCAGCUUAUUACCCAACUUUAACUCCAGCUUCCACUCCCAACUUUCGCUCUAACUUUUCAUCCCAACUUUCACCACCCCCCCCCCCCAAACUUUACACCAACAUUUUCAUAUUCAGGCGCGAUUUUAUUAGCGGCAGCGCCUUUGUCGUCCAUUUGAGUUAUACCCACCGAGAGGGGAGGUGAGACAUGGCGAGACAUUCCCGCAGGAGGCGGGAUAUUUCGGGUUUGCAUAAUUCCAAAAGGUGGACUGGACUGUACAGUAUGUACAGUAGAGUAUUAGGAUAUGAGAUACCACGUUCGUAGUAGAACACCUUCGAUUCUGAUGCAAUGUUAAAGGAUUUUUGUUGUG